UGGUGCUCAGGGCACCAACCAAACAGCCCCCAUAUCCCAUCAUUUGGGCGAGGCAAUGAAUUGGACGGGAUGGGACGGGUCUGAGCUGGUGGUGGCGUGCGUCAGUUCUUCAAGACCAGCUGCCCCCCGCUCCCCACCCACUUCGUCCUACUUCUCUCGACUUCAUUACUCUCUACAUUUGCAUUUGGGUGGGGCAUUCUGCUCCUCCGCUCUUGUUCUUCUUCUUCUUCCUUAGAUCUGAUCUGAUCGAGAGGCAUUGGAGCGCGCAGCAAUGGCGGGUGAACUUCCGACGCCCUUGGACAUGGAGAGCUCGCCGGCGGUCCCGGCCACGGCGGCCACAAACUGGUCCAAAUGGUCAACGCUCCCGGAUGAUCUCGUCCGCCGCAUCGCCAAGUGCUUCCUCUACACCAAUGACGUUGACUACUACAUGUGCUUCCGCGCUGUCUACCCCAGCUGGCGCGCCGCCACCGGCGACCCCAGGAGAGACACUCGGGAGCCCUGCUUCCGUUGCUUCCAGCCGCUACAUUGGAUGGUCCUGGACGACGACUUCCACAGCGACGACAAGCGGGUGUUGGUGAACACCGCCACCGGCCGCAUCGUCCGCAAGAAGCUGUUGGAAUUUAGUCUAUUUUGGGCAGCCCAAUAACUAUUUCAGUGGUUGCUGGAAUUUAGUCUAUUUUGAGCAGCCCAAUAACUAUUUCAGAAAUUCCUAAUAAAU